AUGACUUCAUAAAAUUUGAUUGCUCCCACAGUUACUUAUAACCGUCCAACCAGAUAGAAACAAAUAAUUGAAAAGUUUAUAUAAACUCAACAAAUUCUAACAGCAAUUAUUAACGCUUUGAACAAGAAAAUGGGAUACUGUUUUUUGUCUGACAACCUGAUACCAGUGUACUUGAUAGUUACCUUGGCUUUCAAGUUCUUCGAUUGUCAACGGGCUUGUGGCCAUAUUGAUUUGCAGAAACAAAGAAAACUAGUAUUUGAAGGUGAUUCAUACGAAUACGUGAGUGUUCAUUCACAUUCCAAUACAGAUAUAUAGUCUCAUUACUAUUAUUACUCUCAAAUAACUAGGCUUAAUCAGCUUCUUCCAGAUGGUAGUGACAGGUUUGAGGAAUUCAUUACUGGUAGGGUAAGUUGAGAACAUUUUGCAUUGGAGGCACUAAUCUAUUUGUUUGCAUAUCUUCAGACAGUUACACCGAAAUUCCCGUUUAAAUUUUACGGUAUCGACGUCAAAAAAUUUAAUAUAUACACGGAUGGUUCAAUGAAAGUGUACGGACAAGAGCAAUUAGGAGUAAUUAGCACUUAUGUGCAAAGUAAAGUUCAAUUCAAAUCUGAAAUUUUGGAUGAGGGUCUUGCAGUAAGGGCAACCACUUUGAUAUAUCCGAAUGGCAAGAUAUCCUUUUAUUAUGAGAACAUUCCUAAGAAAAUUAGGGAAAUUCAAAUGAAACCGAGCUUUCUCAGUUCAAUUCAGUGUGGACAAAGAGUUAAUAGAGACGCUAAGUUAACUGUUCCUGGAAAAUGGGUCACAAGUGGAACGUUGGUGGAGCAUGAAGUUAUCGGUGAUUGUUCAAAUCAUAUUUUGAUUGAAGCAUGUGAAGCCGCAACAACAUCAAAUACAAAGUGUAUGUGGUGUGAAAAAGCCAAUAUGUGCAUUAUUAGCAAUGACAUGGAUAUACAUGACUUCAAAGUAAAUGGUUGCCAGAUUAAAAAUAGUUCGAGUGUAAACGUUUCGACUAAACAAACAAUUAUCAACUACGAAGAAACAACGCCAGGUAUCACUGAACCUGAUUUUGAAAUUGAAUUGACCAAAACUACACAAACAACUGAAUCUCAUUUGAGUUUGACUAAAGGUGGACAACCAAGAAAUUCAUACAAUUCCUUGUUCAUCAUCAUAUCGCUUGUUGAAGCUUUCUUUCUUUUUUGCACUUUCUGUGUCAUAUUCCUAUGUUUGAACAGAUGGAGAAACUAAGUUGUAACUCACAGAAACAUCUUGUUACUUGAUUUGAACAUGCUGACUUUGUUUCUACAUUUUGAAAUUUAUAUUCUGUUGAUCAUUUCAUCGAACUGGAACUUCCUUUCAUUGAAUAACAUACCGCUUUGAUGAUAAUUUAGGAAUAACUGAAAUAAUUUUAUAAAUGGGAUGUAAAAUAUGCAUUUUUGUAUUUAUGUGAUUGUUUUCACUCAAUAAAAACUGGUCAGUUGUUGAAAGGUUG